GAUUUCGCAGUAGUCGCAGUGGUUCGUAGUAAGUGCGCGUUACAGAAGUCAAGAAUUUAUUUUGUGUAUUGCAUGUGAAAUAAAAAUGAUAAAAGCAAAAUGUUUUGAUAAUUCUUCUUAACAAUUAUUGAAUAUUUUUCUCUAUUAUAGAUUUAAGAGUUAUAAUAAAAAAAAUAUUUCUGAGAAACACGACAGCAAAAGCGACAGACCAACGAAGUGAAAUCACAUUCGCAACGUUGUGAAAAUCUAUUCGUAAUAGAAAACUCCUGUUAAGGACGUUUUAACUCAUAAAUAUGAGUACUAACGAUUCCAAGGCGCCUUUGCGCCAGGUGAAGCGAGUACAGUUUGGCAUAUUAUCUCCUGAUGAAAUUCGGCGUAUGUCAGUAACCGAAACGGGGGUACAGUUUGCUGAAACAAUGGAGGGUGGAAGGCCUAAAUUGGGUGGAUUGAUGGAUCCACGGCAAGGCGUUAUUGAUCGUACGUCUCGAUGUCAGACUUGUGCUGGAAACAUGACGGAGUGUCCAGGGCACUUUGGACAUAUAGACUUAGCAAAACCAGUUUUCCAUAUUGGUUUCAUAACAAAAACAAUUAAAAUACUUAGAUGUGUGUGUUUCUACUGCUCAAAACUACUGGUUUCCCCACAUAAUCCAAAGAUAAAGGAAAUUGUAAUGAAAUCAAAAGGACAACCACGCAAACGUUUAAGUCAUGUCUAUGAUUUGUGCAAAGGUAAAACUAUUUGCGAAGGUGGUGAGGAUAUGGAUAUGACGAAGGAUGGGCAACCUAAUGAUCCUAAUAAGAAACAGGGCCAUGGUGGUUGCGGUCAUUACCAACCUUCAAUAAGGCGUACAGGUUUAGAAUUGAGUGCUGAAUGGAAACAUGUUAAUGAGGAUUCACAGGAAAAGAAAAUACUUGUAACUGCAGAAAGAGUAUGGGAAAUUCUUAAACACAUAACAGAUGAGGAAUGCUUUAUAUUGGGUAUGGAUCCUAAGUUUGCACGUCCUGAUUGGAUGAUUGUGACCGUGUUGCCAGUACCACCACUAGCUGUACGACCAGCUGUUGUAAUGUUUGGGGCAGCUAAGAAUCAGGACGAUUUAACUCACAAAUUGGCUGAUAUUAUAAAAUCAAACAAUGAAUUGAAAAAGAAUGAAUCUUCUGGUGCAGCAGCACACGUCAUACAAGAAAACAUUAAAAUGCUACAAUUUCAUGUAGCUACACUUGUUGAUAAUGAUAUGCCUGGUAUGCCACGUGCAAUGCAAAAAUCUGGUAAACCAUUAAAAGCGAUAAAGGCGCGCUUAAAGGGCAAAGAAGGGCGUAUUCGUGGUAAUUUGAUGGGUAAACGUGUUGAUUUUUCUGCACGUACUGUUAUUACACCAGAUCCCAACCUACGUAUUGAUCAAGUUGGUGUGCCUCGUUCAAUUGCACAAAACUUGACUUUUCCGGAGUUAGUAACGCCCUUUAAUAUUGAUCGUAUGCAAGAGCUUGUUCGUCGCGGUAAUUCACAAUAUCCUGGAGCAAAAUACAUAGUCCGUGAUAAUGGCGAACGUAUAGAUUUAAGAUUUCAUCCAAAACCAUCAGAUUUACAUUUACAAUGUGGUUACAAAGUAGAACGUCAUUUACGUGAUGAUGAUUUGGUAAUUUUCAAUCGGCAACCUACGCUUCACAAAAUGAGUAUGAUGGGGCAUCGCGUUAAAGUGUUGCCGUGGUCUACAUUUCGUAUGAAUUUAUCCUGUACUUCCCCAUAUAACGCUGAUUUUGACGGUGAUGAAAUGAACUUGCAUGUACCACAAUCUAUGGAAACACGUGCCGAAGUGGAAAACAUACAUAUCACUCCACGUCAAAUCAUUACACCACAGGCAAAUAAACCUGUUAUGGGUAUUGUGCAAGAUACUUUAACAGCUGUUCGAAAAAUGACAAAACGUGAUGUUUUCAUAACACGUGAGCAAAUGAUGAACUUGCUAAUGUUCUUGCCCACUUGGGAUGGAAAGAUGCCACAACCUUGUAUAUUAAAACCACGUCCGUUAUGGACAGGAAAACAAAUAUUUUCAUUGAUUAUACCUGGAAAUGUGAAUAUGAUACGCACACAUUCCACACAUCCUGAUGAAGAGGAUGAUGGUCCAUAUAAAUGGAUUUCACCAGGUGACACAAAAGUAAUGGUAGAACAUGGUGAACUUAUUAUGGGCAUAUUGUGCAAGAAAACAUUGGGUACUUCGGCUGGUUCUCUACUUCAUAUUGUAUUCUUGGAAUUGGGUCAUGAGAUCGCAGGUCGCUUUUAUGGUAACAUUCAGACUGUAAUAAACAAUUGGUUACUGUUAGAAGGUCACAGUAUCGGUAUUGGUGAUACAAUUGCUGAUCCUCAGACCUAUAAUGAAAUUCAGAUGGCAAUCAAAAAAGCCAAAGAUGAUGUCAUAAAUGUCAUUCAAAAGGCACAUAACAUGGAGUUGGAACCCACACCCGGUAACACAUUGAGGCAGACAUUCGAAAAUCAAGUAAAUCGUAUUCUAAAUGAUGCUCGUGACAAAACUGGUGGUUCAGCUAAGAAAUCUUUAACUGAAUAUAAUAAUCUAAAGGCUAUGGUGGUCUCAGGUUCUAAGGGUUCAAAUAUUAACAUUUCUCAAGUUAUUGCUUGCGUGGGUCAGCAAAACGUAGAAGGUAAACGUAUUCCGUACGGUUUUCGCAAGCGCACUUUGCCACAUUUCAUUAAAGACGAUUACGGUCCUGAAUCUAGAGGGUUUGUAGAAAAUUCAUAUCUUGCCGGUCUGACACCAUCCGAAUUUUACUUUCACGCUAUGGGUGGUCGUGAAGGUCUUAUCGAUACAGCUGUAAAAACUGCUGAAACUGGUUACAUUCAGCGUCGUUUGAUAAAGGCUAUGGAGUCUGUUAUGGUUAAUUAUGAUGGCACUGUUAGAAAUUCUGUUGGCCAAUUGAUUCAGUUACGUUAUGGUGAAGACGGUCUUUGUGGUGAAACAGUGGAAUUUCAAAAUUUACCAACAGUAAAACUGUCAAAUAAAUCCUUUGAAAAGCGAUUUAAAUUUGAUUGGUCCAAUGAGCGGUACAUGCGUAAAGUUUUCACUGAUGAAGUUAUUAAAGAAUUAAGUGAAAGUGGAUCCGCAUUACCGGAGUUAGAAAUUGAGUGGGAACAAUUGUGUCGAGAUCGCGAAGCAUUACGUGAAAUUUUUCCCAACGGCGAUUCCAAGGUUGUAUUGCCUUGCAAUUUGCAAAGAAUGAUUUGGAAUGUACAAAAGAUUUUCCACAUAAAUAAACGUAUGCCUACUGAUUUGUCUCCUCUGCGUGUGAUUAGCGGUGUACGCGAUUUGUUACAACGCUGCGUCAUUGUAGUUGGCAAUGAUCGCUUGUCGAAACAAGCAAACGAAAACGCUACUUUGCUCUUCCGUUGCUUGGUACGUUCAACGCUUUGUACCAAAUAUGUAGCUGAAGAGUUUCGAUUGUCCACAGAGGCUUUCGAGUGGUUAAUUGGUGAAAUCGAGACAAGAUUCCAACAGGCUCAAGCUAAUCCAGGCGAAAUGGUGGGUGCUUUAGCUGCCCAAAGUUUGGGUGAACCUGCCACACAGAUGACAUUGAAUACUUUCCAUUUUGCUGGUGUAUCUUCGAAAAACGUAACUUUGGGUGUACCGCGUCUCAAAGAAAUUAUUAAUAUUUCGAAGAAGCCAAAGGCUCCUUCACUUACUGUUUUUCUAACUGGUGGUGCAGCUCGUGAUGCCGAAAAGGCUAAAAACGUUUUGUGUCGUUUAGAACAUACAACUUUAAGAAAAGUUACUGCUAACACAGCUAUUUAUUAUGAUCCAGAUCCCCAACGUACAGUUAUAUCGGAGGAUCAAGAAUUUGUGAAUGUUUAUUAUGAAAUGCCUGAUUUUGAUCCAACCCGCAUUUCACCUUGGCUACUGCGUAUUGAGUUGGAUCGUAAACGUAUGACAGAUAAAAAAUUAACUAUGGAACAAAUUGCUGAAAAAAUAAAUGCAGGAUUCGGUGAUGAUCUAAAUUGUAUAUUUAACGAUGACAAUGCUGACAAGCUUGUGUUGCGUAUACGUAUUAUGAACAAUGAAGAGAAUAAAUUUCAAGAUGAGGAUGAGGCUGUCGAUAAGAUGGAAGAUGACAUGUUUCUGCGUUGCAUUGAAGCAAAUAUGUUGUCUGAUAUGACAUUACAAGGCAUUGAAGCGAUUGGAAAAGUAUACAUGCAUUUGCCACAAACAGACAGCAAAAAACGUAUUAUUAUAACUGAAACGGGAGAAUUUAAAGCUAUUGGAGAAUGGCUAUUGGAAACUGAUGGUACAUCAAUGAUGAAAGUAUUGUCGGAACGAGAUGUUGACCCAGUACGAACCUCGUCGAAUGAUAUUUGUGAAAUUUUCACAGUAUUGGGUAUUGAAGCUGUACGUAAAUCUGUUGAGAAAGAGAUGAACGCUGUAUUGCAGUUCUAUGGUCUUUACGUGAACUAUCGUCAUUUGGCCUUGUUGUGUGACGUAAUGACAGCAAAAGGUCACUUGAUGGCCAUUACACGUCACGGUAUAAAUCGUCAAGAUACUGGUGCUUUAAUGAGAUGUUCUUUUGAGGAAACUGUUGAUGUGUUGAUGGAUGCUUCUGCACAUGCAGAAACUGAUCCUAUGAGAGGAGUGUCGGAAAAUAUAAUUAUGGGACAAUUACCUAAAAUGGGAACUGGUUGCUUUGAUCUAUUAUUGGAUGCAGAAAAAUGUCGUUACGGUAUUGAAAUACCAAGUACUUUAGGUCCAAAUAUGCUUGCAGGUUCUGCAAUGUUCUUUGGUGCGGGUGCAACGCCUAGUAUGACACCGCCACAGACACCAUGGAUAAAUUGCAGUACACCACGUUAUUUCUCACCAACUGGACAACUGGGUAUGACACCUGGUGGUCCUAGUUUUUCACCAUCAACAUCUGAAGUAUCUGGCAUGUCACCAAGUUGGUCACCAAACCAUCCCGGAUCGUCUCCGAAUUCUCCAGGGAUGUCUCCAUGCUUUACUCAAUCUCCAAGUCCGUCACCAUUAUAUUCGCCUACCAGUCCGAAUUAUAUAGUUUCAUCCCCUGUUGCGGCGUCACCUAAUUAUUCACCAUCUAGUCCUACAUACUCACCCUCUUCACCUAUGUACGUGUCUAGUCCGCGUUAUUCGUCAAAUACACCCAAUUACAACUCAGGUUCAACUGGGUAUUCUCCGGCCGGUAUAAAUUAUUUGUCCGCAUCGCCUGGUUAUUCACCAUCUUCAAACUUUACAUCAUCAAGUCCAUCAUUUUCUGGUGGUACAAUGCGGUUUUCACCAAAUAGCGCUUACUCUCCAACAUCUUCUAAUUAUUCUCCAAACUCACCCUCUUAUUCUCCCAAUUCACCAUCGUACUCACCCUCAAGCCCUUCCUACUCACCCAAUUCACCAAGUUAUUCACCGAAUUCACCAUCAUAUUCACCGUCAUCGCCAACGUAUACACCGGUUACACCGACCUAUUCUCCAAGUUCCCCAAGCUUUUCAAAAUCAAAUUAUUCUCCUGGUUCGGGCGUAUAUUCACCAACGGGUGGAAAUUAUUCGCCAUCUUCUCCAACCUAUUCGCCGCCAUCACCAUCGUAUGAUGGCUCACCAGGUUCUCCACGCUAUACACCAGUCUCAACAAAAUAUUCUCCAUCAUCGCCAGUCUUUUCGCCAACAUCGCCGGUGUAUUCUCCAAGUUCUCCGCAGCAUACACCACAUCAAUACAGCCCUACAGGCUCUAGUUAUUCCGGUACAAGUCAAAAUUACUCAGCUUAUUCCCCGAGCAGUCCUAAAUAUUCUCCAACAUCUCCAACGUCACCGACAUAUUCACCGAACGCACGUAACUAUUCUCCAACUUCACCCAUAUAUUCACCUACGUCGCUCUCGCAAGGUUAUAGUCCAACCAGUCCAGCCUAUUCCCCCAGUAGCCCACCAUAUGAUGAGAGUGACAGCUAAAUGACUAAACAACUUCAAAUUUUUUUCUUUAACUUAAUUGAUACUAUCUAAAUUUUAUUUGAUUACUUGAUUACUUG